ACAUUGACUUAGCGAUGAAACGCGUGAUCAUAACUCUAUCCAGUCAAGACAGAACACUAGCGAUGAAGGAGCUAAACAAUGGUGAACUACAAAUUACUGGYGAACAAGACCGACGAGCCGUCAGCCCGACCAAGAACGACAAUCAUUYGACCAAAGAACAGACCACAGAAGRGGAAAUAAUAGCAGAAAACUCAUUCAAUACGUGGAAAUCGACUGUACAAAAUGAUGACAAAUUCUGUGACAUCUGUAGUGGUAUUGUAAAUACCAGUAAUAAGGAAUUAGAAGCGAAAAAUCUUGAAGUCGAAAAGCUCAAAACAAAGCUCGAAGAGGAGUUAUKUGAAAGGSUAAAAGUCGAAGAUGAAUUCGCAGCGGAGAAGGAGCAUCUUGAAARAGAAAUCUCAAAUAUGCGAGAAAGAAUAGAAGAACUGGAGGUCGACGCGUCGUGGAAGAUCGAAGACUUAGAAAAUAAUUUCAAACUCCUCACUACAAAAUACGAGAACGCUAAAGACGAAAUCACACAUUUGAAGGUUAUGUUAGARAGAACGGUAUCUGAAAAUGUCAAACUCCGAAAUAAUCAGAGUAUUACAGACGAUCGAGUGAUUGAGAUUCUGGAUGAAUUAGAGCUAUGCAAGAGAAAAGCACAAGAAAAUGCUGAGAAAGGCGACACAUCAAUUAGUAAUUUACAAGAAGAAAUAGCAAUGAAUGAAAAAGAAAUUCUAGAACUGAAAGAAACAUUGAAAGAAACACGCAAAAUGAAUGAAACGAGGAGAAAUCUCAACCAAGAGAUUAGCUGUGAUUGUCGUGARCCUGAUGAUAGUGAGAGUGACCCUUUACUUGAUACAAUUAAAAGUGAAAAUCUAACCAUUUCAAACGAAAAACAACUGUUAGAAUUAUCCACUGAAUUAAAUGAACUAUACCGCGAUCAUGUUGAUUAUCAAGACAAGUUUUUCGCUCUUAAUCAGGGCUUUAUCGCCAAAGAAAGAGAGCUAGAUGACGUGCGGAGUGAUUUCGAAAGUCAAAACAUUGAGGUACAGAAUUGUAAAGAAAAAUAUGCAGAGCUUAAAGACGUCGUCUUGGCAACAACCCAAGAAAACACUCAUCUUAAAAAUCGCCUCGAUAAAAAGAUCGAAGAAUAUAAAGAUUUGAAGAAAAACCAUCUUGUUUUAGAGACUGAAGUUACAUGGCUUAGAGAGGCUUUAGGUUUGAUAGAAAACAGCUGAUUCUAUACKAUGGACGCGCAGCGACAGGCUCUUCAUAUAUGACUUGUGCUAAACUCGCGAUCACUCUCGCGUUAAAUAUUAAUUAAUGCUUUAAUAUUUUCAUUUCAAAGCUGGGUUGAAUGAAAAUACCUCGGAAACAGAGUUAAGAAAGUGCUUAUAAUUUCUUGUAUAUAAAAAAAAUAAAUAAAAAAUAGAGGCUGAUUAAACUUA